AGAAGGAGAUUGGCAUGUGGGUUAAAAAAAGCUGCAAACCUUUUAUUUAAAAAUGCCCACAACUUAAGGGCUCCUUGCAGAAGUCACAUGCUCUCUGGUGCCUUUAAAUUUCUGUACACAGAGGAAAAAUCCACACAAGCUCUUGCUCCUGAAUUGCAGCCAGCCGAGUCGUCUCUUCUCCUUGCAGCACAAAGCAAACUUUUAAUUAUGUCUGACACAGAGGAUGUAGUGGAAGACUACCAGGGACAAGAGGAAGAAGAGGAGUAUGAGGAAGAAGUGAUUGAGGAAGAGGAGGAGGAGGAGGAAGAGGAAGAGGUAGAACAGGAGGAGGAGGAGGAAGAAGAAGUAAUAGCCAAGGAAGAACCUGCAACAGUUGAUCUGGAAGAACAUAAUGAGAAAGAAGAUGUUAAGCCAAAGCCAAAGCUCAUCCUACCAAAUAUUUCACCUCCCAAACUUCCAGAUGGUGAGAAAGUGGACUUUGAUGAUUUCCACCGAAAGCGAAUGGAGAAGGACCUGAAUGAACUUCAGUCUUUGAUUGGCCUUCACUUUGAUAAUCGACAAAAAGAGGAAGAUGACCUUGUGGCUCUAAAAUUAAGAAUAGAGCGCCGCCGGGCUGACAGGUCCGAACAACAGCGCAUCCGUGCUGAAAAAGAAAAGGAGCGGCAACUGAGGCUAGCCGAAGAAAAAAUGCGGAAAGAGGAAGAGGAGGCCAGGCGCCGGGCAGAGGAAGAAGCCAAAAAGAAAAAAGCUUUCUCUAACAUAUCCUUUGGGGGCUACCUGCAAAAAGUGGACAAGAAAACUGGGAAGAAGCAAACUGAACGGGAAAAGAAGACCAAAAUCCUGAACGAGAGACGCAAGCCUUUAAAUAUUGACCACUUGAACCAAGAAAAACUAGCCGAAAAGGCUAAGGAACUGUGGCAGUGGAUGUACCAGCUACACACAGAGAAGUUUGAAAUCAUGGAGAAGCUUAAAAAGCAGAAAUACGAAAUUAACGUUUUGAGGAAUCGAGUAAGUGACCACCAGAAAAUGAAACCCAUCAAAGGCAGCCGUGGAGGGAAAGGAAAAGUGGGUGGCCAAUGGAAAUAAAAGACAUUCCAUCACAAGGAGAGGGGCUGCGACUCGGAUAAGUGGCUGGUACUGUGUGACACUGCUGCAUGUGAAAUCAGUUGUACUAAUAAAUGGCUUUACGCUUAACAUUGUCUGCAAUCCUGCAGUCUUUUUUUUUUUUUAAUUUAGCAGUUAUUGUCAAUUUACUUUUUUUUUAUUUAGCCAAUAUUUUGCUAUGUCAGUUUUUGGAAAUUAAUUACAAUGUUUAAAUCCGGUGUUGCUUUGCUGUUUUGUACUCUGUUUCAUAUUUGCUUUAAACUGAGGAGAGAUACUUUUGAUUUUAAGGAAAAAGUAACAAUGCGUAAACCUAAUAAAUUAAUAAAAAUUACAGCAUAGCAAUGGUAAAAUAGCCAAAGGCUGUGUUCCUUUUCUUUAUCAAUACCAACAUGCCACGUCAAUUCAUUUAGGUUCUUUUAUUCAAUUUAUAUAAUGCUUACUUUGUGGUUUUUUUCUCUUUCUUAAUUUAUAACAGUGCUAAUCAUAAGCAUCGAUGUUUUCAUUUACGCAUAUGAAGAUAAUCAGAGUGCUCUGUUUUUGUUCUUUUGUGUGUGUUAUUUUUAGACUUUGAUUAUCCUACAGUCCAAAGACAUUUGCCGCAGCCCGUGAGUGGAAUGCUGGGUCUAAAUCCACCUUGCCAUCUUAUCCAACAUGCAUUUGGUGGUGCUAGAAUAACCUGAGGUGCUCUGAAACAAAGUGGAAAAAGGCAUGCUGUAUUUACUGUUCAUGUCAAAAAUCAAUGCAGAUGUUUUCAGAAAUGUAGGAUGUAACACAAAUUUCUCAUAUUUUGAACCAAAAGCAGUGCUAUUAUGUGUUUAUCAUGGUGCACUGCUGGAGAGUGGUGGUCUGUUGAAUGGUGGCCAGACGUACAGCUAAGAAUGUCGGUUUACUCUGUAUAUGUGACAAAGAUAUUACUACUACUAUAACUCUGUCUCAGUCAUAUAUAUAUAUGGGAAUAAAAAGGAACACAUGGA